UUUUUGGAUCUGGUUACAGUGCAAACAACUUUGCCAUGAAAGCCAAACGGAAAACUCUGAACGCAGGCGACGUUUUAGCAGCGAUGGAGGAAAUGGAGUUUGAGAGAUUCCUGGAGCCGCUCAGAGAAGCUCUGGAAGUGUAUAAGAAGGGCCAGAAAGGAAAGAAGGAGGUUUCUGAGCAGAAGCGUAAAGACAAAGAGAAGAAGGUCGACUCCGAGAACGACAAGAGCCGAGAGGAGGAAGAGGAGGAGGAGGAGCGCAUGGAGGAGGAACCUGAGGCCGACAACGAGGCCGAGGAGGAGGAGGUGGAGAACUGACGGAGCUCCGGCGGCUCGGGCGGAUGUGUUUUGGUGAAUCGGCGCGUCUCGGAGCUCGGAGGAGAAGGGGUUAAAAAAGGACCUCAGACCUGAAGACAAACAAGCACAACAAGUGAACGCGCGUCCUCCAACUUCCGUCUGGUUUCUAUUUUUUUACUUUUUUGUAAAUAUGUUUCACCUUUUGAUACAAACACUUUUCUCGCCAUUAAACGAUUCAAAGCUCAAAA